GGCCGUGCCGCGGCAGCAGCCGCGCGUCGGGGGAGCGCGGGGCGGUGGCGAGCGGGAACAAAGGGGAUCGGGGCGGCGCAGCGGCGGCGGCUCCGCCGGGGGGAGGCACCGGCUGGGCGCGGGGGGUGUGGGAGGAGGAGGAGGAGGGUCGCCAAACUGCUGCCACUUCGUCGGCCGUGAGCGGCACUCGCUGGCGGCGGCGGCAGCAUCCCGCCCCUCGCUGCAUGGCAGCCCAGUGAGGGAGGAGCGGGCGAGGGUCUGGAGCUGCCCGGAAGCCGAGGGAGCCAGCGCCGGCGGCAGCAGCGCCCGCCGCCCUCCCGCCGGGAUGCGCCCCGCUCUCCGCUGAGGCGCAGCCCCGCCGCGAUGCUCUCCCCCGAGCGCCACCGCCACCACCGCCACCCCCCGCCGCCGCAGCCGCCGCCGCCGCCGCACCACCCGCCGCAGCCCAGCCAUGUCGUGGCCACCAUCGAGAACCUGCCGGCGGAGGGCGGCAGUGGCGGCGGCAGGAGCGGCAUCUCCGCGCCCUCCUCCAGCGUGCGCCAGAGGAUCAGGAAAGUGCUGAACAGGGAUCUCUUGCUGUCUGUGGCACUUGGCCAGGUACUCUCCCUCCUUAUCUGUGGCAUUGGUCUCACAAGCAAGUAUCUGUCAGAAGACUUCCAUGCCAACACACCUGUUUUUCAGAGCUUCCUCAAUUAUAUCCUUCUGUUCUUGGUCUACACGACAACACUAGCCGUCAGACAAGGAGAAGAAAACUUGCUGGCAAUUUUGAAGAGGAGAUGGUGGAAGUACAUGAUCCUGGGGAUAAUAGAUAUAGAAGCCAACUACCUGGUAGUCAAAGCUUAUCAAUACACGACUCUUACCAGUGUGCAGCUCCUAGACUGUUUUGUCAUCCCAGUGGUGAUACUCCUCUCCUGGUUCUUCUUACUGGUACGAUACAAGGCAGUUCAUUUCAUUGGGAUUGUGGUCUGCAUUCUGGGCAUGGGCUGCAUGGCAGGAGCAGAUGUCCUCGUUGGAAGACAGCAAGGAGCAGGUGAAAAUAAACUGAUAGGGGACCUCUUAGUACUUGGCGGAGCAACUCUGUACGGCAUCUCCAACGUCUGUGAGGAGUACAUCGUCCGAAAUCUGAGCCGAGUGGAAUUCCUGGGCAUGAUCGGACUCUUUGGCUCCUUCUUCAGUGGAAUUCAGCUUGCAAUCAUGGAACACAAAGAGCUGUUGAAAGUUCCCUGGGAUUGGCAAAUAGGCUUGCUGUAUGUUGGCUUUAGUGCCUGUAUGUUUGGCCUCUACAGCUUCAUGCCAGUGGUCAUAAAGAAAACCAGUGCUACUGCCGUCAACCUCUCCCUGCUCACGGCUGACCUGUACAGCCUCUUCUGUGGAUUAUUCCUCUUCCACUACAAGUUUUCAGGACUUUACUUGUUGUCAUUCUUCACGAUCCUUGUUGGGCUGAUGCUCUACUCCUCCACGUCCACCUACGUAGCCCAGGAUCCUCGGGUGUACAAGCAGUUCCGAAACCCCUCCGGACCUGUUGUAGACCUGCCAGCCAGCAGCCAGAUGGAGCCUUCGGUGACAUACACCAGCCUGGGGCAGGAGACAGAAGAGGAGCCUCAUGUUAGAGUUGCUUAAACCCAGGGCUGUUGAUCACCUAUUGACAGUGGAGCUCGUAUAUCCAUUAUCUCUGUAUUGUACAUAGAGAAAGGUAUUUACCAGGUGCAGUUACACUGGUGAGUUGCAAGGUAGCAAAUAAGGAAAGCUCAUACAAACACAAAUUAAUUGUUCCGGGGUGUUCCUUGCAAGGAGAUGCCAGUCCCUCGUUUACGACAUGAGCAGCAUGUUUGCAAUACAAGCUGCUGUGUAGGAAUCAGUUAGUGUCAAACUACCUGUGAAAGAUAUUCAAUAUGUAAGAUGAAAUGACAAAAAAAAAAGGAAAUUAAUUGAAGGGUGUUUUACACACACAGAGUGAUAUUAUGCCUAAGCCACAGCAGUUGUGGAAAAAACGCCUUUUUACAGCAAAUACACUUUGUGCAGUCACUGUUAAUUUCUCUCUAAAAUUUGUUUGUUUGCGCAAAACAGAUGGGUUAGUCGUGGUAACAACCCCCUGACACAUUUUUGCUAGCACCUUGGAUUUGGUGAGGGAAAUACAAUGAGGUCUUCUGUGCUAUCUGUCUAGUUGCCCUUUCUAGGUAAUCUGAUCCAUGAAUCCAGAGAAGGGACAACUUACAAUAUCCGUCUCUAUUCUAGGAAUAGGUAUAAGGCGAGCAUUUUAGCCUUUCUAUAUUUGCAGAAGUGAAGUACUCAAGCAUUGACCUCUCUAUGAUCCAUGGCAGAUUUCCUGGUGGCCAAGGUUCUGCAUGAGGUGACAGGGAGUCAAUUUCUCUGUAGUCGUGACUCAACACAGAUUUCUUACUUUUAAAAUUUUAACCUGUAGAAAGAAAAACACAUUUUCUAGUUUCCUAUGUAUUGUACCUCUCCAUGGAAAGAUGACAUAUCAUGUGGAUGAGGGCACUUAUUUUAGAUACUCAGUGCAUCGAGGGUGCCUUCUGCUCUUCCAGUUUGCUGAGUCUCCCAUGGUUCAUUGUUCUAACAAUAGGUAUUUAGAAAUGUGUCAGUUUUUCACCAAAACCCACAGAUUGUAAAAAUCAGGAAGAUUAAGGGAGGAAUUCACAAGCAGAAAGACUGGACCAUCUGCUGGUGUUGCCGCAGUAGCACAAAGGCAUUUUACUGGCAGGGUGCAGCCAAUUAUUUUUCAUUAACUGUGAAGCAAGCAGAAGAAUUCAGCAGUUUUCUUACAUUCCUGGGGACGUGUGAAAAUAGUAAAGGUGUGCUCCACACUUCUGUAUACAACUGUACUUCUGCCUCAGGAGCCUUACCUUCUAGAAUGGGGAAGAUCUUAGUCGCCACCAUGAAAAAUCCAACUUUGUCUGUAUGUUUACUCUUCUGAGAGCCCAGUACAAGGAAAUCAUUAUUUCAAUAUCCUUUAUCUAUUUGUAAUUUAAAGUUAAGAAAGAUGAGGUGUUCCUGUGUCUAACAGUAGGUGAGGAAUCUAGGAGAGAUCUUGGUUUCAUUCACCAAUCUGCUGCAUCUUUACUUGAAUCCUUGGGCAUGACUUACCUUCUGUGUGGCUGAGUUUCCAAUCAGUAUAUAUGGAAAUAAUGACAUUUUACCUACCUCACAGAGGUGCUAUGGGACCAAGUUAUUUUAAAAUGCUUUAGGAUCUUCAGAAAGAAGGAGUUUAAGAAGCACAUAACAGUGCUGUAAAAGUGUGUAUACAUUCAUCGUAUUUGAAAAUGGAGUUUAUGGCAUGGUUGAUGAAUAUUUUGCUUGUGGGCAUAGAAGGUGAAUUUGAUUUGAAUGUUAUUCUGCUGAAAAAGACUGUUUCAAGCAAAAAUGUAGGCCUUCAUGUUUGAAAAAUACAACUUACCUAUUUCUAUAUAAAAAAAGAAGAAAAAAAGUCAAUCUAUACAUUGGAGAUUAGAAAGGUCACACAGUUCAACCAAGCAGGAUGAAUUUCUGCUGAGGUAACAAUCAUUUUUUAUAGUCCUGUUCUGCUUUAAUACAGAAGGAACUUCCCUGAAGCAGACUGAGAGAAGUUUAUAUAUGCAUAACAGACAUGAAGUGGCAAAUGUCAAAAUGCUCUUGAACAGGAGAAGUAUGCUGUGUCUUAUUCUUACAGUGAAGAAGAAGUAAUUUCUUUCCCACUGUGUUUAGGCUGUCUGCCACAACCCUGCUGCACCUAAGAGAAGGUUCUGCAGUAUUUCCAAAUCAUGCCCAAAAGCUUUGGUUAAGAUGCCUUGGUACUAAACUAACAAAUGCAUGAUUUUUUUCCCCUGCCUUCUGUUUUUUUAACAUUUUAAGAACUCAUGUUUCCAAACUUUUUUUUCCUAAAUUAUGAAGGAUUAAAAAAACACAAAAAACCCCCCACUAGAUUCCUGCAGAAAAACAGACUCUGUAUUCUGGGGAUAUUAAGGAAAGUCUAAAUCAAAAAAUAAAAAACACACAAGAAAGACUGCCUGACACUUCAGGGUAAGAUGCUUGGGUCAAGCCCUGUAAGAGCUUCGACUUAGGGUGUAUUUCAUACAUUUCCCAGGAGAAGGGGUCUGAUUACAAUCAUGGCUCCCUCAGGUACCCAGAGGCACACUGGUGGGCACCUGUCAUCUCAAUCUUUUUUGCUACCUUUUGUACCAAUUAAAUACCUUUCUCUGAGCAUUAGUCCCCGUGUUGGUCUGAGAACCUUGAGGAUUGUGUGCGUGUGUGUUUCAUGUUUACAGUUCCUUCCUUUUGCAUAACUGUUUUGAUUAAUUUCCUUAUUAGUAUUUAUUUUUAAGCCAAAUGUUUGUAGUCCUUCUGCCUCCCCAUCCUCAUUUUUCUGACACUAACUUGUAGACGUUUGUUAGAGUUUUCUGUGAAACAGCUGGGCAGGAGGCAGCUCCCAGCUGGGUCACGGGGCUGGGAGUUUUUCCUUACGAGGGGUUGCGAUCCAUGGGUGGCUGAGAGGUGCCACCAGGCUAUUCUAAAAGGCUCUGUUGUGCAGGAAUAAGUUAUGAAUGUUUCAGUGAGCGCUCUGCAGCCAGCCACCACGCCCUGUGCUUCUGGUGCAGGAGGAGUUUGAUGUGCAAAGCGGGGCUGCUUCGCUGUCUGUGUUUCCCCAUAAGCAAGGUGGAUGCUCGGAUUAGCGCCAGUGCGCUAGUCCUGGAUGGACCUCAAAGGAAAACAGUAGUAUAGCUUUACAAAUAACUGUGUUGACUGAAAAACUGAGGUCUAGUGGUGGAAAGCGUUCCUUCUGCCCGCUUGUGUUCUGCAGUUGGAGCCCUCCGUGUGCACCAGCAAAGGCUCAGCUAUCUAACGGCAGCUACUCUCUGUGUCACGUAGGACGUCUCUAGCUCUGCAUAGCUCCUUGCCUGGACAGACUGAAACUCUCUGAUACUGCUGGUCCUGGGCAGCCCUUAGCAAGACUGAUGGAAUUUUCUGAUACUGGAUGAACAUGCUCACUGGGAGACAGACCUGGUCUUUGUUCCAGCUAUAAAGUUUCGAAACACACAACGAUAGACCAAGCAAUUGAAAAUUUUGCACCACUGUGUCAUAAGAAGAAGUUUCAAUGUAUAGUGUAGAGAUUGCUAACUUGUGCUAUUAACAUUUUGACAAGCGUGUAGUAUCGUUUUCUUUCUUUCUUUCUUUUUUUUUUUUUUUGAAAACCAUUUAGUAUUCCUGAGCUAGCUACAAAUAUAAAUUUUACCCCAUGGGUAGGAUUUUAUUGUUAAAUGCCAUAAUAAAGCACACUAAUCUUGACACCGCAGAUGGAAGUAUGAACCAAAACCAAAACCAGGCAAACAAAAUCCCAACCCCAAAUCCUGCAUUGAGAAGCUGAAUAAAUCUUUCUCCAUUUUGAUAUUUGCAUGCACCUAUAUGGACUGGCUGUGGCAAUGUAAUGCCUGUAUAAUGUUUUCAAAUAAAAAAAUAAAUGCUUUAUGAAAGCAGGG